GGCCCGGGUGGCAGCAGCGUCACUUUCCGGCGCUGCAGCGGCGAGGACCCGAGCGGCGAGGCCGAGUGCGACGCCAUGGCGCUGCUGGACGCGCCCGCCGGCGCUCCCCGGCCCAAGCCUUCCAAUGCUAGGAACGGCGCGCCCCUCGCCUGCGAUGGCGCAGACGCGCUGCCAUAA